GCGGUGGCAGGCGUGGCGGCCCGGUUGCUAGGACUUGGAUAAGCGUGGCGUUCGCGCGGGCGUCCCUCAGGUGGCCCCUUCUGCCUGGGUGCCAGGUCAGCUGAUACAGAAAUGGCAGGGAAGGAGAACAACUUCCCCCCGCUGCCUCACUUCCUGCCACUGAAGCCCUGCUUCUACCAGAACUUCUCUGAUGAGAUCCCCGUGGAGCACCAGGUGCUGGUGAAGAGGAUCUACCGGCUAUGGAUGUUUUACUGUGCCACUCUGGGUGUGAACCUGGUGGCCUGCCUGGCCUGGUGGAUUGCAGGCGGAGCUGGUGCCAAUUUUGGCCUGGCCUUGCUCUGGCUGGUUAUCUUCACUCCCUGCAGUUAUGUGUGCUGGUUCCGGCCUGCGUACAAGGCCUUCCGAGCCGACAGCUCCUUUAACUUCAUGACAUUCUUCUUCAUCUUUGGAGCCCAGUUUGUGCUGACCGUCAUUCAGGCCAUUGGCUUCUCGGGAUGGGGCGCGUGUGGUUGGCUGGCGGCUGUUGGCUUCUUUGGGACCAGUGUUGGGGCUGCUGUGGUUAUGCUGGUCCCGGCCAUCAUGUUUUCUUUGUCUGCCCUUGUGAUGGCCAUCACUAUCGUGAAGGUGCACAGGAUCUACCGUGGGGCUGGUGGAAGCCUCCAGAAGGCGCAGACAGAGUGGAGCGCUGGUACCUGGAGGAACCCACCAUCAAGGGAGGCCCAGUUUAACAGUUUCUCUGGGAACAGCCUGCCCGAGUACCCUACUGUCCCCAGCUACUCAUCCAGCGGAGGCCACUGGCCUUAGGCGGCUGGCUGAUCCCAGCACCAUGGCUCUGUCUCCUGUCAUCACCCUCGGUCCUGAGACCUGAGCAUCUCUCAAGGGUCCGUGUUCAUCUCUUGCCCAAGCCCUCAGCAAGCACUGCCCAACAACCAUUGUCCACUGCCAUCCUACCAGAGCCUGGCUGGGUUUGCCCUGGACCCACCUGUUAAGAGGGUAGGAACCCUCAGCCUGUGCAAGGAGAGGCCUCAGUGUCCAAGCGCCUGUCCUUUGUGUUGCUGAGGUGUAUAAAGCCAAACUCUGAGCGCUUGUGUAGAUAGGUGUGAGUGGACAGUCAGGAGCAUGGCGGCUGUGCCUGAAUCCUCUGCUCUGCCAUCCACUGUACCUGUGCUCCUCUGGACCCUGCUACUUCCUUGUCCCAUCCCUUGUGACAGUGACAACCUGCUGUCCCCUCUACCACCCAGGAUCCUGAGUAGGCCUCUGCCCACUUAUAGGCCCAGAUCCACUUGGUUGAGGGUGCUCUGACUGCCAGGAGCCCCCCUCCCUCUCUGUGGGCAACUGGAGGAGAGGAACAGGCUCUGCUGCCUGGCAGGCCAUACCCCUAGCCACAGGACUGCCGGGACAGAUCUGUGCCUUAGAGAGACCUAUACUUCUGCCCACACCCUCUGCCUUCCCGGGGAGGCUGUGGCCUUGCCAGGAGAGCCAAUCUGAAUCUUGGAGUGUCCACAGCACCUCUGAUGACAUUGGACUCAAUAUUCUUCCUUGUGACCUGAUGUUACCAGCCAAGUCACCAAGUCCCCUCCCCGCAGGGCCGUGUGCCAGUAUCAUGCCAAACUAUCGGGGCACCUGGCCUCUACCCCAUCGUGGCAUGGAGAUGGAGUCAAGUGCCCACCAUAGGUGACACCCUACAGCCACCUACGGCUCUUCCCUGCCCACCCCUGGGAAUGUGCGCCCACAUGCCAUAGUUGGUUUUAUUAUGUGAGAAUGUUCUGGAAAUAAAUUCUCUUUCUGCAA